GGCUGCCCGGUAACCGUGCCAGUGGCCCCUCAGCAGCACCUGGUGUGCACCCCACAAGGGCCGGUGGGACACCCCGCUGCCCAGACCACAGAUGAGGGACAGACGAGGCUGUGGUCAGCAGUGGGUCGUGCCAUGGGAACCCGAGUCUUCGGCCCCGGGCUGCUGAUGUGGGGAAGACGGUGGAGAAGCGCGUGACAGCCCUGACUUCCCCACGGGAACUGCAGCGAAAAAGGGCAGGGGCCUUGCCCAGGUCGGGCGGCAGGGGUGGGAGGCCCGAGGGGGCCGUUCCCGGCUUUCGGAAUGAGAGGCAGGUCCGUGGGUUCGCCUAUGAUGGGCACGCAGGUGAGCGAGGCAGGCCGACUCCCACGCCUGUCCGGCAGCAGGAACGCAAACGCAGACUGGAUGUCGGCGCUGUGCCCCCGGCUCUGGGACGUGCCCCUCCACCACCUCUCCAUCCCAGGGAGCCACGACACGAUGACGUACUGCCUGAACAAGAAGUCCCCCAUCUCCCACAAGGAGUCCCGGCUGCUGCAGGUCCUGGCCAAGGCCCUGCCGUGCAUCACGCAGCCCAUCGUGCUCAGGUGGUCCGUCACCCAGGAGCUGAGCGUCACGGAGCAGCUGGACGCCGGGGUGCGGUACCUGGACCUGCGGAUCGCGCACAUGCUGCAGGGCUCCGAGAAGAACCUGCACUUCGUCCACAUGCUGUACACGAGCGCGCUGGUGGAGGACACGCUCACCGAGAUCUCUGAGUGGCUGGAGACGCACCCCCAGGAGGUGGUCAUCUUGGCGUGCAGGAACUUCGAGGGGAUGACAGAGGACCUGCACGAGUACCUGGUCACCUGCGUCCAGAACAUCUUUGGGGACAUGCUGUGUCCCCGGGGGGAGGUGCCGACGCUGCGCCAGCUGUGGGCGCGGGGCCAGCAGGUCAUCCUGUCCUACGAUGACGAGAGCACGAUGAACCGGCACAGGGAGCUGUGGCCCGCAAUCCCCUACUGGUGGGGGGACCAGGUGAAGCCGGAGAAGCUGGUCCACUACCUGGAGCGCAUGGAGAGCUGCGGCCGCCCAGGCGGGCUGUUUGUGGCCGGCAUCAACCUGACGGAGAACCUGGAGUACAUCCUGGCACACCCGUCCCAGUCCCUCAAGAAGCUGACGCUCCCCAACCUGCCGUACCUGAGCACGUGGGUCCGGGAGCAGAGCCCGGGGCCCGGCAGGCAGUGCACCAACAUAAUCGCGGGCGACUUUGUCGGCGCCGACACCUUUGUCAACGAUGCCAUCAGACUCAACGAGAAGCUGCUUGGGUGCUGAGUGUGUUCUUCUCUGGCUCCACAUGCCGGCGGCGCCCGGGCCCCUCCUUGAGCUCUCGGCCGCCAUUCUUUUGGCCAAACAUGGGCGAGAACGGGGUCCGGGCAGCCCCGGGCAGGGUCCCCCAGUCUCCUCCCUGAUGGGUGCGCCCCAUUGGGGCCCCCCUGGCCUCACUGUUCUCGGUGUCUCUGGGGGGGACUGAUUCCAUGACUGCUGACGAUUAAAGGUGGCGAAGCGAUUGCGUCAUCUAGGGAAGACUCCCCUGGAAUUACCUGGCUGUGCUCUUGUCACCUGUGACAGACUCAGAGGCGUCCCCUCAGCUGGGGGCUUCCGAAAGCAGCGCAGUGACACCCUGUCAGCUCCAGGGCGCUGCUUAAAGCCUUUCAUAAUAUCGCAUCCUUGGCUAGGACCGACGGGUAGAAACCUACUUUUUCAGAUAACGCAACGACCUCUUACUAAUUCUGGUAAAGUGAAGGCUGUUCCCUUCCCCGGGGCCGGCAGGCCUCCUGGGGACUCGCUGGUUGUCCUGCUGCUUCUGUUUGGAAGUUGUUGACAAAGAUGGGCGGCAAUGGAAUUGGGCACACGCUCCCCCCCAUUCCCAGAGGCUCCUGGGACGCCGUCUUCACGCAGGUGCCGGGCACAGGUGUGAGUGGUACCACACAGGUGUGGCGUGUCCGUGCUGGUGUGCUGCUGUUCACCCUCGUCCUCACAGCGUCCCUGCUGUGCAGCGUCUGCUCAGUCCUACGGCCUCUGUGAAUGAGGUACCCGGGCCCCUCCUUACUCCACCAGGAGUGGGGCCGCCUGCCACGCACGCAGGUGUGAAAUGGAGCCGCCGUGGGCGUGGUCCUGCCUGUGGCCGCUCUGCCACCCCUGCGAGUCUUCCCUUUGUCCCCAGGCCGCAGUGGCUGUUGGCCACGUGUCACCUCCCCUCGUCCUGGGGUUUCCUAGACGCCGCCGUCCUUGUGUCGUAGGCGUCCAGCCGCCAUCACAGUGCCAAUCACGUUGACCCUAUCUUCUCAUUUCCUGGGCGUCUGGGCACCUUCCACACCCCGGAGAGGCAGCCCCUCCCAGGGCCGGCUGGCUGCUAAGAUGAAAACCAUUUCCUUGGGAGCACGCCUGUCACGUGCAAGCCAACCACCCCGUCAUCUAACCACUCACCAAGGCAGCAUUCCCCCUGCCCCAGUCACCCGGGGCAGCUGCCAGGUGACCGGAGGCCACCUGUGUCACCCAGAAUCUGCCGGAACCCUUCAGAUUAGCCCAUGCCACCCUGUUCUCUCUGUCCCCCACCUUCCCCAGGGGCACACUGUGGCCUCAUGCUUUCUGCCUCCUGCCCCAAACGCGGCCCUGUGCACGUCCCCUUCUUCUGGGAAGCGGAAGUAAUUUGUUGUUUUCCAGUGGCUUGGCCCCUCUGGCUGGCUCAGGCACCCCCAUUGGUUAAAAGCCUACAGAUAAAAGUGACGCUCCCCCGUGCUGCCCCCAAGGGCACAAACGACACCCCCCGUGGUGUCCCCAGUCCUCUGGGAGGCUCGGCAACACCUGAGAGGCCUCUGCACUUCUUCCCAAGGCCAGCAGUCCGGGUUUCAAAGACUCGACGGUCACAGAGAUGCUUCAUUUUGUACACGUGGCUUUCCAGAGCUGGUGGCUCACGUUCUCAGGCACAGGAUGGGUCCCAGCCACCCUUUCUCUCACGUCCCUCUUAGGAGGGUUCCUGGGAAUCCCUGUGUACAUUCCUCCUAAACAGAAGGGCACCCAAUGUUAGGUUUUCUUAGGUCAGUCUUCAACAUGAUUCUUUAAUGUGUGCUGGAAUGUGUUGUCUUUGGGAUUGAAUUACUUUUUCCAGAAGAAAAUCUGCGUAUGCGUUUGCUGCCGGGAUGCCACCGUUGAACGCAUGCCCCUGAAAUCCAGACACACAGAGCGGGGGACCAUCCCGCUGGCUGCCUCUCCCCACGGGGCUCGGAGCUCAGGAUGUCGAGAAGAGGGAACACACCUCAGGGAAAGUGUCUGACAUCCCAAACGUGCUCUCACUCUGAUCCUACAAGGACCUCGGAUUUCGGUCAGGAACCGCUCAACGGGAAUUGUUUAAUUCUAGAGAACAGUUAGAAGACAUUGACAUCAGAUCUGAUUACGGAUUUUUGUGACCAAACACCCAAAAUUUUGUUGGUAAUACACAGCAUCUUUAGAAACGUGAGCUUGAUUGAGCAUUUCUCAGGAGCGUUAUUAAACAAUCAAAUCCUG